AUGUCUGGAAAAGGGUUUAGAGGACUCGUUUUUUGUCCCACUUCAGUUCCAGCAUCGGUUUCGGACAGUAUAUGCCAAAAGGUAACGAAGCUUGGAGGGACGUUCACCAAGGAUUUGACACGGCUGGUGAAUGUUUUGGUGGUUGGAGAAUUGUUUACGGCAAAGUACAACUUUGCCAUUAAGAAUAGAACGGAUAUUGUGUUUGUUAGGGCUGAAUGUAUCGAUGAGCUGUACGAAAUGUGGUUAAGUGGACAGGAUCUUUUACAGCUGGCGAAGUUCGACAUGCUAAAGUAUAUGGCAGAACAAUAUACGGUGCCGCCAUUUGACAGGUUCAAUAUAUUUAUAGGGCGUGUGGGGACGUGUGGCGGGUAUACGCUUGAAAAGCUUGUGGAGUUGUGCAAAUUGGGGAAAGUAAAGAGGCUUGAUACGGACCAUUUUAUCAGGAACUCGUCUUCGUCGAAAUCUGCGGCUGGACUGAUGACGAUAUUUGUGACGGACGAUCUAUCGGGCCAUCGUGUGCAGGCGGCAAUGGAGGAGGAUGUUCCUGUUGUUCACCCGAAAUGGAUAGUGGAUUGCAUGGAUAGAAUGGGGACUCUGGACUUCAAUGGAUACUAUCUUUUGAAGAACUGCCAGUCGCUGGAUUACGAGGAAAUUGGAGCCGGUAGUUACAUCAAGGUGCAUAAGAAGCAGCAGAAACAGGAUCUGCCGCAGCAGGAUCAACAGAACCCGCUUCCCGGGGAUUCGGUAGCCCCGCUGAAAAUCGCAAUUGACAAGUUCAAACCGCAGGCCACGCAAAUAUGGGGCAAGCUUCUAGCCAGAGAAGACCGAUCGGCGUCCAGACAGGGGUCUGUGAACCCACCUGCGGCGGCGGCGGCAGCGACAGUGGCAGCAGAAUCAGUAAACCAGGACUCGGAAAGUAUACCCGUGCGUGAGAAAAUGCUUGCGUCUACCCCUGGCGGCAGCAAUAUUUUCGCCGAUUGCCAUUUUGUGCUAUACCGUUUUGAGCCAAGACAAGUAACCAUCUUAUCCAGUGUGAUCCACGGAAACAAAGGCACUUGCUCCUUAUUCAGUACCGAUUCCUCACCGACAAAACCAGGCGUUUUCUACAUAUGUUCGAGCCAGUACGCAGCUACUCUCCUUCCAGACUUGCCCCCAGGGGCCCAAUGGUUGACAGAGUUCUUUAUAGAGCGCUGCUUGUAUUAUGAGCAGCUUUUGGCUCCAGACCUCUGGUCCCAGCCUUUUUACAACAAAUUCGAAUUCACACCUCCGCAAUCAUUAUUGCAUGGCUCAAAUCUCUCCUUCCAUAUAACUGGAUUCCAUGGUGUAGAACUUCUUCACAUAAACAAAAUUAUAGAGGUAUUGAAAAGUAUAGGGUUCGAGCACCAUGAGAAAUUGACUAAGAAGACGGACUUCCUACUAGUCAACAUCUCUCAGCUCACUUCUAUUCCAAAAGAGCAUACCCUCAGACAGAAUAAAUACGCUUCCAUGUUCCGAACCGAUCUUGACAUGAAGAUAUCAUUGAACCAAGCGCAAAUGUUCAAGAAUUCGAUGAAACGGAAAUUCGAAUUUGUCAAGACAAGACACCAAAUACCAAUACUUACGCCCAGCUUUAUUAUUGAAAUGUUCCACCGAUCUAUGAAGCAGAAUAAACCUUCAGUCAACAUCUAUUUCAACGAUGUUAACUGGUGCAUUUCCUGUCCAAAAGGUUCCAAAACUGAUUUCAUGCUGCAAAUUAUUCCAAAACCAGUACAACAGCAACAGAAACAGCAGCAGGAGAAAUUAGAAUCUGUGUCAGAAAUGGGGACUCCUGCUAUUACGAGACCAUCUUCAGCAGCCUCUUCUUCAGCAGCGUCUGAGCAUAUAAACGUUCCACACAGAGAAAGUCGUUGGGGAAAACUACUGUCAAAUACCUUGGAAAAGGAAAAUGAGGAGCCUAGUUUUAUUCAAGAAGAUCAAGAGUCAGACCCAAACAACCAUGAUCAUAUCACACAUACCCAAAUAACGUACGGAACGGCUCCUAAAAAUGUGAAGAGAAGAAAAAUCUCAACAAGAAGUCAAGUUAACGAUGUCAUUUCACGAGUUUAA